ACCGCUUCUACUAUUACUACAAUCUCACCUUGCUCUACUACCACCCACUACCUCAACCCCCGGGUCUUUGUACAAUUCACACAUCUGUGCAACGGACUUCCACCAUUCGUGGGAGGGAUAACAAGAGUCUUUUACACUUUGAACAAUUUUAAACACAUUAAAAUAAUUACCUACCUUCGAAGAUGAGCUCUUCUCCUGUGACAUCUGUCAUUGCCAAAGUAAGAUUUUACCCCCCCCUUUUCUUAUGACCCCCCCCCCUUCCCCUUUUAAAUUUCCCCACCUCCUUAUUUUGGUUGUUGUGUGGAGUCGAUUGUGGUGACGACAACAACGAUGAUGGUGGUGGUGGAUGGGGGAAGCAAACACUGGUGCUGGAUGGCCAAGAUGAGAUGAGUUGUUGCUGACUUGGCCGUUGCUACAGGGGCGCAAGGGGUCUGCUGCUGGUGGUGGAAAAGCUUGGACAGAAGAAGAGGUUAGCCUUAAGAAAUCCAUUUUCCAAAAUUCUCUUGCGCCGACACUCUCACCACCAUCACCAACACACCAUGCCUGGCAAUUAAAUUUGUGGGGUUGUGGUUGAAGGUAUAUGUAUGGCUGUUGUGGUGGUGCCUUAGUGGUGGUGGUGGUGGUGGGGGUGUACGGUCUUUUAUUCCCUCCCUUUCUUUUCUUUUCCCUCCCUUCUAUUGGGGCGCCCCAAGGGAAGGAGGGUUGGAUGGUUGGGAUGGACGAUUAUCAUACGGGCUAUUGAUACUGGGAUUGGCAAAAACAUGGGACGGAGAAGAGAGAACGAGGCGGCAUGGACGGGGGAAAGAGGGAAAAGAAGGAGAAAAAAACACCAUGAAAUUUUAAAAGAAAAUAUAGCUAACCAAAGCUAUGAGUUUCUUUGAAAUGAUCAGGAAGUUUAUCUCUUGCAAAUGCGUCUCGAAAGGAUAGCAUACAAAAAGAUUGCGGGCCACCUUGACAAAACAGAGCUUGCCUGCCGACUCCAUUACCAUCAGCUGUCACACGGCGGUAACCGUCGCAAACGCAACAACUCGAUAUCAUCAACCUCAUCAAACGCCUCGGCGACCAGUCCCGUAGCCUCCUCCUCCAGCACCAGCUCGACACCGUUGGCAAAGACCCGCCCCUCAAGUCCGGUAACAGCUUCCUUCUCGCCCGUCAAUGCUUCGGGUGCCGUCCAGAAACCGUUUUCCACGACGCAACCAAAGAUAAAGGGCAAGCCAAUACUACCGAAGCCCAGAGACCCGAUAGGACUGAUCCCAUCCUACUCUCCAAGGAAGAACCCGGGGAGCAGCAAAGUGAAGCAGCUACGAGUGAAUUGCGACUCAGAUGCAAUUGACAAGGACAGGCUUAUCCGUAUCGUGGAGGCGCAGAGUGCCGGGUUCUGGGAAUCGGUUGCGGCCCAGUAUGGCGGAUCCGUGGAUGCAGACAUCCUACAAAAGUGCUUCAUCUCCACUAGCUCUAGGAACACACCUACCUCGGCCAUCACGGCUCCUCGCUCUGCCAUCGAUGCCCUGGGGGCGGCAAUGACAAGGGCACUAGCAACAAGCAGUACCCCCAGCCCAGUUUCCGCUGCCUCACCCCUCACACCCGCCGUCUCACCCUCGACCAAGGAGGCCGAGGAUGGAGCGCCUGACGAGGACGGCGUGGCCAGCAGCAUUGCCACCGUCAGCGAGGCAUCUACUCCCGAUUUGAGCCCCACGGCUUCAGUCAACGGGGAUUCGUCCACCAAGGACGGCACGAUGGAGGAGGACGAGGAAGCCAGAAAACCCAUGCCCUCAUUGACGGCAACAGCGAAAUCGGCCGACUGCGUUAUGACAGACUAGAUUAUCUAGAACGCCUAGAAAACCCUAGAGGCUAGAGCACACCCGUCCAACAAACCUAAUAUCCCUUCCUUCCUUCCACUUCCUUCUCCCGUCUGUCUCGUCUUUUUGCCAGCAUUGCACACAAAAAAAGGGAACCUGAGCAUUUGUUCUAUUUGUUUUAUUUCCUUCCUUCCUCUUCCAUGUCAUCUAUUUCCUCACGUCACACACACACAAAAAAGGCGUCCAUCAUCAUCUUGAUCAUCAUAAUUGGGUGGGCAAGGUCGGGAACUUGGGGGGUUGGGCGGUGUUAUAUCAUGAUCUUUACGCAGCCUGGUGCAAAGUUUGAUCGGUAAUGUUGUUCAUUGUUUCAUGUCUACGCUUUCCAUCUCAUCUAUUUCUCAUCUCAAGCUUCUCACCUUUCUUAGGCCGCUCUUCUGGUAUCUCUUCUUUCCUUUUUCUACAUCUAACGACGAAACGAAAGAAAGCCUCUCUUAGUCUACUUGUCUACUUGGUCUACCUUGCCUCAUCCAUCUUAUUUAUUUAUUGCUCUUAAACCAUCUGCAAGCAAAAUCGAUUUAAAUUCAGCUACCUUACAUUGCUCCCUUCUUGCGUUUUCCCCUCCCUUGAUUGGACUGCACACUACACGCGCGCGCGUUAAUAUUCCCUUUUCUUCUUCCUACCCUUUGAUCCCCGCCCUUAAACACCGAACUGCACUACUGCAGCAUAUGCGACAGGACGAAUCAAAUACCUCCUCUAGUCUAGACUGGUUUACAGCCUACCACUAUAUAUUCCUUUUGUAAUACCUAACUUCUUUCGCCCUUUUUAUUUUAUUUUAUUUACCUUAUUUAUUAUUUUUAUUUUUAUUAUACCUUACCUUUCUAAAUACCUGUCUAGAGUAACCCACCAAAUCGGGUGUGGAGAGAGUAAGCAGAGAGCGAAAGAAAGAAAAAAACGAAUGGGGACGGGUCGAUGAAUGGAUGGAUGGAUGAACGAGUGGAUGAUAAUAGGACGGUUAGGAGGCAACGCAGGCAGGAGUUGGGGGGAUUUUUUUUAAAAAAAAAAUGAAUCAAAAAAAAUUUCAAAUUUUGUUUUCCUUGUCUAUGUGUUUGCACUGCGUUUGCUCACCUACAUCUUGUUUUGUCCGCCUUGCCCAUGUUUACGAAUUGGAGUUUUUUUUUUCUUUUUCUUUUUUUCUUUUUCCUUUUCCCUUCCCUUCCCUUCCCUUUCCUUUCUUAUUCUAUUCUAAUUUCACAUUCAUCUGCAGUACGGUACUUUGUUUACUCAUUCGCGAUUAGCGGCGGUGGCAGUGGUUAGUAACGGUUAAAGUUAGUGGCGUGGCGCGAGGUUUGGGUAUGAUACCGUAAUGAAUUGAUGCAGUCUUGGUAUUG